UCUCUCUCGAUGUUUUGGUGUGAGGUAGAAGAUUGGUUAUUUCUCCUUUUUAACCUUCCAACCCCCCCCCCCCCAACCUGACCUUCUCCUUUCUUUGAGCCUACAUUCCUCAAGCCACCCUUCUUCACCCACCUCCUCUUUAAUCGACGCAUUCAGUUCACUCGUUUAACCUUUCGACUUUAAACUCUUGUAAUACUUCUAUCAAAAGAAACUCUUCGCCAUUCAAUUUCAAGAUGAAAGCCCUCAUUCUCGUCGGUGGUUUCGGUACUCGUCUAAGACCUCUUACGUUGACCCUUCCCAAACCUCUUGUGGAAUUUGGCAACAAACCCAUGAUUCUUCAUCAAGUUGAGUCUCUGGCCGCCGCUGGUGUUACCGAUAUUGUUCUUGCUGUCAAUUACAGACCUGAUGUUAUGAUCAGUGUUCUCAAGAAGUACGAAGAGCAAUACGGUGUCACAAUCACCUUUUCUAUCGAGUCCGAGCCUCUGGGGACUGCCGGCCCACUUAAACUUGCGGAGGAUAUUUUGGGUAAGAACCAGGAGCCGUUCUUUGUUCUAAACUCGGAUGUUAUCUGCGAUUACCCGUUCAAAGACCUUGCUGCAUUCCACAAAUCACAUGGCCAGGAGGGAACGAUCGUGGUCACCAAGGUAGAGGAGCCCUCGAAAUAUGGUGUCGUCGUUCACAAGCCAGGCCACUACUCACGCAUCGACCGGUUCGUAGAGAAGCCCGUUGAGUUUGUCGGGAACAGAAUCAAUGCCGGCAUCUACAUCCUGAACCCCUCGGUCCUGAGCAGGAUUGAGCUCCGCCCUACAUCAAUCGAGCAGGAAACUUUCCCUGCCAUUGUCAGGGAUGGAGAGCUACACUCCUUCGAUUUGGAAGGUUUCUGGAUGGAUGUCGGGCAGCCAAAGGAUUUCCUCACCGGAACCUGCCUCUACCUGUCGUCACUGGCCAAGAAGAACUCGAAGUUGCUAACUCCUUCUUCCGAGCCUUUUGUAUAUGGUGGAAACGUCUUGAUCGACUCCACCGCAACGAUUGGAAAGAACUGCCGCAUUGGCCCUAACGUUACUAUUGGGCCGAACGUCGUCAUUGGCGACGGUGUCAGAGUUCAGAGAUCUGUUCUCCUCCAAGGAUCAAGAAUCAAGGAUCAUGCAUGGGUCAAGAGCACUAUCGUUGGCUGGAACAGUACAGUCGGAAAGUGGGCAAGGCUAGAGAAUGUCACUGUAUUGGGUGACGAUGUGACUAUUUCUGAUGAAGUCUAUGUUAACGGAGGAUGUGUGCUGCCACACAAGACCAUCAAGGUUAACAUUGACGUACCCGCUAUCAUCAUGUAAAGGCCAGAGUUGCAUUUCCUGUUUCUAGACCCUGGCCAAAGGGCGACCUCUCCUCUUAUUUUUUCUGUUUUCUAAACCCUUUUCUUCCUAUUCCUUGUAAUCGACUAAGAUAUUGGACUAGGGUUGAGCAAAGGGCACCGCGGGGCUUUCUCUUGAGGCGGGGGCUUAUUCUUUGUAAUCUUUCUGUUUUCACCUGUAGAGAAGGGAACAUGUAAUUUGGUGAUCAUGAUGUAUGUUUAUGUAGUAUGGGGAAAUAGGUGUCAUGGGGAGUCUUGACAUAUAUAUAUGUAACAUAAUCUGCAAAGUUCUUACUCUAA